AUUGCUUUUAUUUGUAAUAAUGGAAAAUGCAGCGGCAAACAUUUUACAACGUGCAGUUGAAAUGGAUAAAAAAGAACAGUAUACAAUGGCUUUGGUACUUUAUCAAGAGGGAUUGGAAAUUCUUGUAAAUUCAAUCAAAGAGACAACAGAUCAAACGAAGAAAAAACAUUUUCAAGGAAGAGCCUCACAAUAUAUGGACAGAGCAGAAAGAAUAAAAUCAUUAAUUGAAGAUAGAAAAUCACGUGGAAAAUAUCGAGAGCAAAUAAAAAUUGAAAAUGGAUCAUCAGGUUAUGGUUAUGGUUCAGUUUUUGGUAGAUUUUUAGAUGCUAGUGUCACUCAAAUUCAAAUUGAAGAUCCAUAUAUUCGAUCUUUUCAUCAGUGUCAGAAUUUAGUAAGAUUUUGCGAAUUGGCCGUACAAAAAUGUCAUUCACUCACGAAAAUAAAUUUAAUUACAACAAGAGAUUCAACGGAAGAUGUGAAAAAUCAAUUUGCAAGAUUGGAUGAAUUGGGAAAAAGUUUAUUAAAGCGAUCUAUAAAUUUGCUAAUAGACUAUUCGGAGACAUUACACGAUCGAAGAAUUACAUUGAGCAACGGUUGGGUUAUUAAAAUAGGUAGAGGUCUAGAUUAUUUUAAAGCUCCCGAUGGAAAAUUCUCAUUGGGAGCUUGUGAUCUUGAACUUAGAUCUUGCCUCGAAACAAUCGUUGAUAUUUAUCAUCAAAGUCACCUACAAGACUCAGUCAAUUAAUAAUAAUAAUAAUAAUAAUUAUUAUUAUUAUUAUUACUAUUAAUAAAUAUUAUUAAUAAUUUUAAUAAUAAAUAAUUAAUAUUAUUAUUAUUUAUAUGUAAUAACUCCAAUAAGUAUUCAGCAGGAAAAUUUGAUUUUAUUUUCAAAACUACAAAAAAAGCGUAUUUUUUUUUUUAUUAGAAAAAAUUAAAUUGUUUUCUUUUAAAAAUAAAAUGAUUUUUAGAUAUUAUAACUUUUUCAAAAAGUAAAUACAUACUUGUAUUUCUAAUUAUAUAUUUUUUUAUAAUUAUAAUGACAACAAUCAUUGGUUUGAAUAUGUAUCUUGC